AUGUGGGACAUAGGGAUCCGGGGGAAAAUGUGGAGGAUGUUGAAAAAGAUAACAGAAUACACAAGAAGUGCAGUGAUGUUGGAUGGGGAAAUCUCGAAGUACGUGGAUAUACUCCAAGGAGUCGCACAGGGUUUAAGACAGGGAGUCCAAGUAGGGGGAAAGAGUGUGUCCGGACUGAUGUUUGCAGAUGAUUUCGUGGGGGUAUCCGAAACACCAGAAGGGUUGCAGGAACAAAUAGAUGCGGCAGUAGGAUACACCCGAAAAUGGAGACUGUCGGCGAACGUAAAAAAAUGGGCAGUAGUAGUGGUCUGUAUACGUNGAAAAUGGAGACUGUCGGCGAACGUAGGAAAAUGCGCAGUAGUGGUCUGUAACGAAGACAAGAAAAAUCCCGUAGAGUUCAAAUGGAAAUGGGGGGAGGAAGAACUACCGGUAGUAGACAGGUAUACGUACCUGGGAGUAGAGAUUUCGAAGGAGUGCUCAUGGGACGCACACAUAGCAAAGUUGAUUGGGAAGGGAGAGGUAUGGGAAGGUAACGAAAAGGCCGUCAAGCAGCUGGAAACGGUGCAGAUGGCAGCGGCCAAGAAAAUACUAGGAUGUUCAAGAGACGAGGAGGAGACAUUGGACACGGAAGGGUUCGGGGGGUUCAAGAAGAAAGUCAAGGAGAUGCUAGAAAGUAGGGAGGAGGCAACCCUUCGGAAGAAGGUACGAAGCGAAGACCACUUGGAGAUAUGAGGGAAGUUGAAAGAAGGGAUAGGGAUGAAGAGUUACUUGGACGGCCCCAUGGACUACGCAAAAAAUUCUUUGCUACUGCUGCUGUGUUCUGUUGUGCUUCGUACACAACCAUAAGGAGGACUCACGCGGGUGAGGGCCUGUAACGCACGAACAUAUAUUGUGGAAAUUAAGUAACAAAUAUUUGGCAUCACUUCGAUCAGGUUGGACCCUUUGAGAAGCCAUAUGCCGGGUUUAAGAUAGGUUUUCUCGUAAACGGAACGUACGGUUUAAGAGAAAACCUCUCUUAAACCGUAUUAAGAGAGGUCUUCUUGGUCCUGCGCACCCCUCUCGUAAACCGUAGCCCCCACUGUAUUGGAAGCACAGCAUUUUUACAAUUGUACUCUCUCUCUGUUGAGUGCGAUGGCGGUCAAUGUAUCUUCAGUAAUCUACUCAAAUGAAUGCUGCCUUUUCUCCUCGGUAUUCAAAUGUUUGUGGUUCAUGAGAGGGAGAGAGAGAGAGAGAGAGAGAGAGAGAGAGAGAGAAAGAGAGAGAGAGAGAGAAGCAGACGAAAGUGGCGUGCUGCUACUACCACCCCCUGCUAGAAAUAUUAUGCGUACAACUCCUGAGACCACUGUUAAUGGCGGCGGAAUCUCAAUCGUAAUCUUGAUAUUUGGUAAAGGGGGGGGGGUCGAUUCAAGAAAUAUCUCGGAUGUACACUUGUUAUGGAGUCCAAAUCUUGCCUCAGAAUCUUGCCAAGAUUUGGAAUGAAACCAAAGAGCCCCCUUUUGCCCAAAUAUUUCGCCAAGAUUUGGGCGCUGGCAGCCUUGUCAAAAUCUUGCCGACGGGGGGGGGUCAAUAGCGCCGCACCGUCCCAGACCGUCCACAUAAUCAGCGAGUGCGACCUGAGUUCUUGACGUAUCGCUCCCAUCAAG